GCAGCACGCAACCGCAGAUACACGCACGAAAACACCAACAAGAGUGAGAGACGGUUCAAUGAACGAUUAUUGUGAAAUACCUCAGUCUGAGCCCAAAAGACCUGCAAUCAAAAAAAGUGAGAGUUCUUGGGAAAACAUUUGUCCUCCCCAAGAGAUGCACGUCAUCCAUCCGGUUGAAGAUAGUGCUCUUGUUUUGGAAACAGUGCCUACCACAGUGGUGAGAGACCAGCCUAAGUUGAUUGUGAUCAAGGAGGAACCUUCAGAGGUGGACAUAUGGGGUAGUGGGCCAAAGACUGAACUCAUAAAUGAAAAGGAAGCAGCAACAUCACUUGAUACAGAUGUUGGGUGUCUUGAUGUGCAUCAGCAUUGUCCAGACGGCUCAGACAAACACCCUAUGCUUACUGAGAGCCAAGUGAACCACAGCACUCAUCCGCCCUCAUCCAGAGUGCAAUUGGAGGACCUGGACACACAUUGGAUGCCGCCUGCAUGUUCACAGAGCCAGGAUGCACAGCAGAUCACACCUGCUGCACAGAGAAACUCCAUAACUGGAAACAGCUCUGGUGGUAUAACAAAUGUGCCCUUUCAGAGUUUCAGUGUGGCAAAGUCAAACAUGAAGAUCCACAGCCUGAGAACGUCAGGAGCUAAAAGAUUUGGCUGUAUGCAAUGUGGCAAGAACUUCAGGUGUUACAGUCAGCUGGAAAUACACCAGCGAAGUCACACUGGAGAAAAACCAUACAGAUGCACGCUGUGUGGAAAGAGAUACGCACAGAAAGGGCAUCUUUAUACCCACCAACGCACCCAUACUGGAGAAAAACCAUAUCGCUGCCUCGACUGUGGCAAGAGCUUCAUUCAAAAAUGCACUCUCGAUAUGCACCAGCGCACCCACACUGGAGAAAAACCUUAUGUUUGUGUGAAAUGUGGAAAGGGAUUUACUAAAAACUGUAACCUUAAGAAACACAUGGGUGUACAUACAGAGUUCAGCAUGCAUGUUUACAGUGAGUCCAGUUUUCAAGAGGACAGAUGGUAAAAUAGACCAUCAGUACUAGUACCAACCAACCAGCCUCUGCAGUGGAUUUGAUGGACUUCAGUCAUUAAAAGUUUUCCUCAUAGAAUAGAAGUUUUUGCUUUUCAGAAAAAUAAAGGUGUCCCUUUUUCAACAUUUGCUAGGUCUCUAUUUUGCUGUCUGUCAUAUUUUUCCUCAUUUCAAAUGGGUUUGGAGGUGAAAUAUAGCCCUGAAAGUAACAGCCAACUGCCAAGGUGUCUAGUUUUUUUAAAUUGGCUCUAAACAUUACUGCAUUGAAUUGUGGGAUAUUUGACAGUAAACCAUGAAAUAAAGCUCAACAGAAGUGUGUCCGUGAAAAAAAAGUCAACGUGACCUUUACUUAAUGCUUUACGGUAAAGUAUCCCACAAUUCAAUGCGGUAAUGUUUCGAUUAAUGAGUGAGAGGUCUAUUCAGAGAUACUUUUGAGAAGAUAGGAAACCAUUGCAUUCUUAUUAACGCCCAUUAUCUACGUUGCUCGCGCCUCGUCAAUGAGCCGCGCGGUGUAUUCUGGGACAAGGAGUAUAUAUAUAUAUUCUAUAAUAGUUUAUAUAUAGUAUAAUAUUUUCUUUCAAUGAGUGAAUGGGAGUCAAUUGGGCGCUAGCGCAAAACCCCAAUAUUCGUCAACAAGAAGUACAACAUUACAAAUAUUUUCCGAGAUGUGAGAUAUUUUACGUGUUCUCUGUAAUAUCGUAUAGCUUUUGCAUCGUGACAUUACGUACUGUCGAGGAAAAUAGGCAUUACCCCGACUUUGAGAAGGGAUUGCGUGACGAUUAGUUUAGCAACUGCGUGAAAACUUGAACGCGAUUGGUCGAGAGUCUGCUGGUGAUGCGUUUUAUAGGUCAUCCAUUAUUUUUUUAAUGGGAUUUCUAUCUCCUAAUUUAUCUAUUAUCUCUGGUCUGUUUGAGCUAGCUAGCCACCCAAUCAAUGUCUAUUAUUAUUCCGUUUUAUUAAUAUAGCCAGCCUAUCAUACGCGUUGGACUUAGUUUCUUUUUAAAAACAAAACCAUGAAUACGAUGAUAAAUCGGGGAAGUUUUCAGACCCAGUUAGUUUCCAUUAUGGAAAUGCUAAGCAAAGCUGCUGUGGUUGAAAUCGGUAAACUUGUCGACGAGUGCUCGGCGGUUCUCCGUUCUGAAAUAUCCCAACAACACAUGAACGAGAACGAGGCAUUAAAGAAGAAAUGUUACCUGCUAGAGAUUGAAUUAAAGACGGUAAAACUGCACGAACGUAAAAGGGUCAUUGCCAGCCGUUGUCAGAAUGGAGUUCAGGUCUCGGGACAAAUAUUUACGCAUCAAGCAACUGAGAACCGAGAGAAGCAGUCUGCCCCCGCCAUAGAGGGUGUCUUUGGUAAGGACUGGUGCAUGGACCUAUGGAGAAAUGGAGACUCUAUCCCUCAGGAUAAAGAGACAAUUGGAUCGGUCAUUUUGGGCGAUGGUGACGUCACUCAGGCAAUAGACUUGGUGGACAAUGAGCCCGAGUUGGUGUUUAUCAAAGAAGAGCUGUUUGAGGAUCAGCCAGUGGACCAGCAGAGGGGACAUGCAAGCAACAGAAAAAGGAGUGUAGCAGUGGAGGAUGCUCCAGGAGUAGAGAGAACAGCUGCCAGUCAACUUCACCUAUACCAGGGGGACUUGAACACAUACCCUUCAAUGCCUGACCCUGCAGGCAGCCAUCAGGUACAGCAUGACACAGAGCAGCCCACAUCCGUUGAGAGCCUCAUGGAAGACCCCACUCUGGCUGGUCUGGUUGACAACACACCAGAGCCUGGCCCUGACACAGCCGAUGGAAUGUACAUGGACUAUCCUCCCCGCAACACAUACGCACCAAGAAACCGGCCAAGCCUCCAGCAGGGAACUGGAAAAGACCUGAAGCAGCAGUUUGACUGUUUGUUUUGUGGGAAGAGCUUUGGUUAUUUAAGCUACUUGAAAGUCCACAUCAGACGCCACUCUGGAGAGAAACCGUUUGGCUGCACAGUUUGCGGGAAGCGCUUCGCUCAGAAGACGUACCUGAAGCUGCAUCAGCGUACACACUCCGGAGAGAAACCCUACAGUUGCACAGAAUGUGGGAAGAGUUUCUCUCAGAAGAGUUCGUUGAAUGUCCACCUCCGGAGUCACACUGGGGAAAAGCCUUAUAGCUGUGUUGACUGUGGGAAGAGCUACACCUAUAAACACGGUUUUAACACACACCAAUGUUUCAAUUAAGGGAUUAGGGAGUAGUCAUUUUAUAUUGUCAAUUUGUUUUUAAUUUACAUUUCAACCUUGUUUUGAAAACUGGCAACCGAAACAUCUUUAACCUUAUUGUAAUCAUGGUGGUUUUCAGUAGGUCAAGUUUGUUUUUAAACUGUUGCGCUACUGUGUGCCCUAAUGAACAUUACCCAGCUGUUACUCUUCACUACAUGGCAGAGAACUGUUCCAUUCAAGUUUUCCCUCUGCGCCGUCCAUAGGAUUGCACACACACUGUGCCUUCUUGUCACACAAUUGGCAAGAGACUAUGCCCCACUGUUAGAUGAGAUUUGAGUGGCAUUUUUGAACAGUGGUUGUCCUGAUACCAGUUGUUUGUGCUACUGUGAAGAAUGCCAGUGUGGUAGACCGAUCAUGUAAAAACGUGUGCCAAAUUUUCUGUCAUGAAUUAUGAAAUUAAAGUAACACGUACAGUAAUACAUUUACUUACUUGUUCACAUUACAUAUUAUAAAAAUGUAAACAUGGCAAAGAUGAAGUUAUACCCUUAAUGCUGCUUUAAUUAUGAAUGUUUACAGCAGAUAAAUAUUCCAGAAAAACAACUGACACAAUCAUGGAAGCAUUAUGUACAAAGUGCACUGCUGGGAACAGAAAUUGAAGAUCUCAUGAAAUGGAUGUUUUAUGUCAAUUGUACCAAUGUAUACAGAGGACAAUGCAGAUAUAGUACCAACUGCCAUCUUGCACCAAACAUUGGCAGGUUCAACCCUUGAGCCUAAAAUAUAGAACAGUGGUAAGUGAACAUUACAGUACUUAUGAAUAGUGCAAUACUCAUGCACCACGUUCUUUGCAAAAUAAAACUUCAUAAUUCACCUUUUGUAGGUAAAUCAUACCAGAUCGCCUAAAACAUCCUGUUAUUGUAGCUAAUUCAGACAAAUUAAGUGUAAUAAAAAAUACACUUAAAGGCUACAACAUACUGUAGCGUAUAUGGGGGGGGGGUCUCCCGACUGGGACUCCCAGGUCCAGCAUCCAGAUCCGAACCCCUUGACAAGGUCGUUGGGUUAAGGUCACGCCAAUAUUGUGAAGUAUGACCUACAUUAGACAGUAUUUGGUUCUCCAGUUUGAGCAGACACACAAUCCUUUAAAGGGGCAAUCAGCAGUUCAGAUAAAGAGGCCUCCCCACCCGUUUCAGUAAAAAGCUGAGUGCUGGGCCUUGAGAAAUGAAGGCUAACCACUCAAAUUCAGAGCUAUCGAUGUUCCAUAAAGUGCAGACUGACCAUCCAUACCAAAAUUAUAGCCUCAAAACAUGGUUAAAACUAUUUAGAGUGGCAUGUAGCCUAGUGGCUGAGUGCGUUGGGCCAGUAACCAAAAGGUCACUGGAUCAAAUCGCAGAGCUGAUAAGAUGAAAAAGCUGUCGAUGUGCCCUUGAGCAAGGAACUUAACCCUAAUUGCUCCUGUUAGUCGCUCUGGAUAAGAGCGUCUGCUAAAUGACUAAAAUGUAAAGUGUUUAUUUACAAGCUUAUUUUGGGUUCUGAUGGUGUACAACAGUUCAACUAAGCUCACGAGGCAUAAAUAAGUUAUGGAUGUAAAAACGGAUGUAGCAACUGUAGAUUGCCCCUUUAAGUCAAGAGUAUUGCAAUCAACAAAAAAUACUUCAUUUAUUUUUAUGAACAGCCAUGUGUGUUUGGAGCAGUUGCUGAUUGACAAAAGACAACUGACACUUAGAACAUUUGUGCACUUGCGUCUUCUUUUUCUUAUUUUCUUCCUUUUGACCGUGAGCUUUGGCCAAGUGCUGAGUGAGGUAUACUUUCUGGGUGAAACCAAUUUCACAUGUGAGGCAUUUGAACGGUUUCUCACCAGUGUGAAGGCGCAUAUGACAUUUCAGAUUGCCCUUCUGUGUGAAUCCUCUCCCGCAGACAGUGCACGUGUGGGGUCUCUCUCCAGUGUGCACCAGGUGGUGUAUCCUCAGGCUUGACGGACAGCU